AUGGCUAACUAUCUCCACUAUGAUAUCUAUGACUUGGAUCUCACUAUUAUAAGAGAUAAUAAAUACUUGAAGGAACUAAUUCUUAGCAUGUCCAAUCGUUCUAUACUCGUGAUUGAGGAUAUUGAUUGCACUAUAAAUCUGCAGAACCGAGAAGAAGACGAAGAAGUGGUUAAUAAUGGAUACAACGAGGUUACACUUUCAGGAUUGUUGAAUGCGACAGAUGGUCUUUGGUCGUGUUGUGGAGAGGAACACAUAAUUGUUUUCACAACAAAUCACAAAGAAAGACUUGAUCCUGCUCUGCUAAGACCUGGUAGAAUGGACAAGCAAAUUCACUUGUCAUAUUGCAACUUUUAUGCAUUUAAGCAAUUGGCAGUGAACUAUCUUUGCAUUAGCGAACAUGAACUGUACGAAAAGAUUGAAGAACUUUUAGGACAAGUGAAGGUUACUCCAGCUGAAAUUGGAGAAGUCCUAACAAAGGAUGCUGAUGCUACAGAAUGCCUACAAGACCUUAUCAAGUUCCUCCAAGACAAGAAAACCUUCAAGGAAGAUAGUAAUAUGAAAACAGAAAACUGUAAAGUAUAG